AACAUAAAUUGGAUUUCUCGUUACUUUUCUAGGAAAUAAUGAACAGUAUAAACUAUAAAAUUUAUUUAAAAUUAUUAUAUUUUGCUCAAAUCGUAUCAUCACAACAUUGGUCCUAUGAAUUACAAGAUAAUUGGGGCGAGGAUUAUUACCAGUGCUUUGGUGAAAAACAAUCACCCAUAACUAUAAAUACCGAUGAAGUGAUUCAAGAAUAUUUUCCAGCAGUGGAGUUUGUUGGUUAUCGAAAUGUAUUAGAAAAAUCAUACUUUGUCAAUAAUGGACAUUCAGUAAAAUUACAACUAGAACCCGAUGAAAUUAAACCAUAUAUAUUUGGAGGAAAACUUAAUGGUGUCUACGAAUUAGAUAGUUUACAUUUUCAUUGGGGUCAUUCAAAUAAUAACGGAAGCGAACAUCGUAUCAACCAAAUACACUAUCCAAUGGAAAUGCAUUUUGUGCAUCGUAACCAGAAGUAUGCGACCCUAGAUGAGAGUAUGUCAUAUCCGGAUGGAAUAGCUGUUGUUGCGGUUCUCUGUAAUGCUGUGAUGGACAGAAAUCCAAAAUUAAAUAUAUUAAUAGAUCAUAUAAUGCAUUUGAAAAAAUUUAAUUCAUCUAUUAGUGUUUAUUUACCACUUGUUUUGCAGUCGUUGUUACCAACCGAUAUUAAUAAAUUUUUUACUUAUGAAGGAUCUUUAACAACGCCUCCAUGUUCAGAAUCAGUCACUUGGAUCGUUUUCCCUGAAACAGUCGAUAUUUCUCAUGGACAACUUGCAUUUUUUCGAAAAUUACAACAGAUGAAUAAAAAGCGAAUGGUAGAUAAUUUUAGAAAUUUACAAAAAUUAAAUAGCCGACACAUCACUCUUCGAAGUUUACCAACUAGAAGAUCAACAUUUUCUUUCAAUAGGAGAUUCUAUCCGACUUACACUAGACACAAAUCUUCUAGAUUUCAAAUUGUUCCAAUUUUUUAAGUGAUUUA